AUGAGUGAAAUAUUAUAGCAUGAAGAUGAAAUUUAAUUAGAUCAAGAAAAUAUAAGAGGAUAUUUGGAUGAUCAAAUUCUGGGUUAAAUAGUUUAAUAAUAUUAAAGUUAAGGACUCACAAAUUAAACAAUGACAUAAUAUACUUAAUUAGUAUCAAGAGGUUGCUAAUUGGUAAAUUUAAAUAACUUAUUUUUCAGUUGCAUCCUUUAUUACCCAAGUUACCAGACUAAAAAGGAGUAAAAUUUAUAAGUUAACAAGAAUUACUAAAUUUGGAUAAAACUUUGUUAGGGAGACUAGAGAGUGAUUAAAGAUUUCGAACACAUAGAGAGAAGAUAUUGGGUAAUGAUUCAUCAACAUAUGUUCGAAAAUAUAAUAUAACUGAUAAGAGUUAAUCAAUAUUGAAUGAUAGCAGUUGCUUAAAAGAUUAAAUAGCAUUUUAAUUGGAUCAUAAUAAGAGUCAAUUAAGGUACUAAGAAGAACAGUCGAAACAAAAUAUAAUGAGAACUACAUUUGCUAGAUCAAGAUCUUAUAAUUAUAAUAAGUUACCUAAAAUAAAGACUUAUCCUGCAAAGAUUGAUGAAGAAGGAUAAAUUAUGCCAGCAAUAAAGGCAAAAGUUAUAUAAGUUUAACAGCCUGAAGAAGAAUAAACAAUUCCUACUCAUUAUUUAGGAUGGAUAGAUGCAUUUUAUGGGAAGUGGAGACCUUAGAUGAGAGAAGGAGCAUCAUUGAAUAAUAUAUCUGGAAAAUUAUAUUUAUUUGGUGGAAUAAGUAGUAAGCCAUUUAAUGAUGUUAUAAUUUGGGAUCAUAAAGAAUGGUAUCAACCUUAAGUGAUAGGAGAGAAGGCUCCUUUUGGUAGAACUAAUCAUAUUCAUUGUGUAUACAGAAGAAAUAUCUAUAUAUUUGGUGGUGAAAAACCAUAUGAUGGUUAAUAGAAGAUUAGAGAAAGUACUAAUGAUUUUAGAGUAUUUAACACAGGUAAUUGUUAGAUAUAUAAAUUAGAAAAUAAUGAAUUUAAGGCUAUAAGAUUUGGAGGAGAAGUAAUUGAAGGUAGAAGAGGAGCAUCAGGCGCGAUUGUAGGAAAAAAUAUUAUCAUUCAUGCAGGAAUCAAUACUAAAGGAAAGUAUUUAAAUGAUUUAUAUCACUAUGAUAUUUUGAAUAAUAAGAUGCUAUUCAGUUAAGUAGAAUCUAAUGAUUUCUUUGCCAAUGGAAUUGCCUUUCACACUCUUAUCUCAGUUUUUAGUAGUUCCAGAAAUAUUUAGAUUUAUAAAAAUUAUAUGGAUCCAGAAGAAAUAAAGGAAAUAAAAUAUAAGGUUGAAGGAGUUUAUUUAUUUGGAGGAGAAUCCAAAACAGGAACCUUAUAUUAAGGUUUAUACAUGCUCAAUCCAUGUUGCCGUCCUAUGUAAUGGUCUUUAGUUAAUGGCAAAGGAAAAUUACCAAGUAAAUUAAUAGAAAAUAAAUCUAAGUUAGUAGAUACAAACAUACUGCUUCUUAUUGUGAAAGAUAAGGAAUCAUUAUCAUUUAUGGAGGUAUUUGUGAAACAUCUUCUUUCUUAAAUGAUUGUCAUAUCUUCAAAGUAGAAACACAAUCAUGGAGUAAUGUCGAAUUAGAUUGUAAAGAACCAAGAGCUGGACAUUGUGCUGUUGUUGAAGAUCAUAAACUUAUGAUUUUUGGAGGUUACAAUCAAACUGGAUUUCUUAGUGCUGAUUUUUAGAUUCUAGAAAUAGAUUCUAUGAUUGCUUAUAGAAAUAAAAGACAAGCAAUUAUAUCCAAUCAUUUAGGAUAAAAUCCUUUGUAAUUGUCUAAUAUCAAUUAAAAUGUUAAAACUAAAUAACAAAAUUAUACUGAUAGAAUGACCAGAAUUAGAGAAUAGGUUGCCAGUCUUUCUUAUAAUAUUAAAUCUUUCAUACCUAAACCUAUCAUUAAAUAAAUUUCUAGUAAAAAUCUUAACAAAAUCAAUAAAGAAUAAAUAUUGUUUUCAUAAAGAUUGAAUGAAGAGACAUCUGAAUUAAUCAAAGAUUUUGAUUACAUUGAAGAAACUAAAGAUGAAAUGAAAACUUCAUCCAAACUAGAUGCUUCUCCACAUUCAAAUAAAAAACUUACUGAUAGACGCUCAAUUUCAAUUAGAAAUUUAUAAGCAUUUUCCCAUUGACUGC